AAAGCCAUUAAAGCACAUUCACCUCUUUGGUGUGGUCUCAUGAUCCUCUUUCCAGAGACUACCAUGCUACAGCACUUUGGUUUUACACUAAGGAAGACAUCCCGUGAUUUCUAUUACUCUAUAGCUGAUGAAUAUCACUGUUCAUUUGCUGUAUUGAACAAGAAAUAUGGUUCUGCCUGAUGUCUAGGAGAGAGAUUUCUAAGAAAGGGAAGAGUUCCAAAUAGUAAAACUUGUGUUAUCCCUAGCAAUGAUCAAGUGUGUAUAUAAGUUAAAAUAGACCCCUGUGGGAGGCCUGCAGAAAGGUGUCAGCCUACAUUGGUUAGAUGAUUUCCGUUGAUAAAAUUCAGUUCUCUAUUUAAGUAACUGUCUAAGGCAAUAUGUGUCAGACUCUGAUAAGGUCAAGUUCCUCAGCAACCAUCUGAAAGGAUUUUGCUUAAGAAAUGUUGUAAAGUCAUUAUCAUGAUGGCUUUCUUUAUUAAUCAAGACUUAUUUUCUCCAGUUCACUUUAUGAAUGUUAUUAUGUCAUAAGCCUGUCCCAAGUCAACUUUAAGUCAUCUUUUAUACAUGAAAAAUUCUAGAAUUAUAUUAAAUUCCCCAAGAGAGUAGUAUCUUUAAAAUGAAAAGUGUCAAAGUACAAAGAAAAGUGGUUGCAUUAUUUCAGAAUAAGGCAUGUUCCCCAAGGCUUCACUCUCAGAGCUUUUACUGCCUGGACUAGUGGUGUGAGCUACUUAGCCCCACAGUCUUCCUGCUGAGAUUUUACACUAGGGCAAGAAAGAGGUUGUUCAUCUGUCACUUAAGAAGGUACAAAAUCAUUGUGAUUAUUUUUGAGCUAUUUUAAUGCUCAAAAUGAAGUAGUUUUCCCCUAUAAAAAUGUCCUUUUGAAUUUAGAAAAGAAAAUUGUGACAAUUAUAAAGUCCAAUUAUUUAAACCCAGUUGAUCAAUUUCAGAUCUUUGGUAAAUUUGACUUAAGCAGGCAAUCAUGAGAGGUCUAAAAGUCUGUCUCUAAGCCUCAAAAUCUCCCGGAUUGCAUAAUGGUUUAAUGGCUUAUUUGAUGCCGUAGAAAGUAGGACAGAUGUGGUUUCUGUCCUUGGCUCUGUGUGACCUGAGACAAGACUAAGUGUACUUAGGCCGAGGUUUAUUUGAUAUUUUCAGUCUGUGUUGCCAUGGUCAGAAACAGUUAGAAAUGUUUUAACUUUUUUAAAAUCAAUAUAGAAACAUCGAGGUUCACUGACCACAGGCUAGCUCUAGCUAGAUGACAUAGUUCUGGUUCUGUUUUUCUUGAGUGACACUUAGAUGCACACCUCAAACAAACAAAACACAGUGGACAGUUUGAAGCAAAGUUGUUUAAACUUCAGGAAUUCUUAUUGAGAAAUCACCUCAUUUGCAUACACUAAUGAGAUGAGGUCCCCCUCUUGGUGUCAGAGUAACAUGUUAGUGAAGGUGUCUAAAUGAAAUGAUAGUCACUGAAGUCCCUCUUCCCUGCCCUGCCAUAAGGAUUGGGCAGAGAUCACCAGGGAAGCCACUGGUUCUUAUUUGGGCCUGAUCCUCAUUACUAGAAAGCCUUGCAAAUGAAAUGAUUUCAGAGAACGCUGGGCUGUGAGUGAUGGGAUUCGCAUCCUGCUAGUGAUGUUGCCAAUCUUAGCUGUAUAAAAAUCAAAUACCAUGUUAUUUUUAAAGCAUUUUACGGCUUGGGUAGCACAACAAAUUUUUACAAUGAAACCGCACAUAGCGGUCUCAUCCUGUAUCAGAUUAAAUAUCGUGGAAGCUGAAACCGAGGCCGGUCUGCCAAACCUGUUAUAAGGCCCUUUCUUCAUUCAGUGACUUCAGCGAAACCUGUAUGUGGUGAGUGCUGUUUAGAUGCAAAGAGUUACUAACAGGCAAGAACCAGAGAACUGAGCUCCACGGACUAUAGCCAGAGUAAAGAUAGAAAAACUUAUUAUAUUCGUGUGUUUGUAUGUGUGUAGGAAUGUGCCACACCGCCUGUGCAUGGGGGUUAGAGGACCACUUGAGAGAAUCCGUUUUCCUAUUCCAUCUACCCUGUGGUACCCUGGAGUUGAACUCAGCUCAUCAGGAUUGACAGCAGCCUCUACCCACUGAGCCAUCUCACCAGUCCGGAAUUAUUUUUUUUUUUUUUAUCUUGGGAACAACACUAUGUUUAUCUGAUUUAAAUUUUUCCCUUUACAGAGACCCAAAUGCCAAGACUAGCUCCCAGACACUCUGUCUCAACUUUUUGUAUUUAUUGCUUAACUUCCUUUUGCGUGUGUGCGUGUUUAACUUCACCUUACCCAAGACACUGAUUUUCCUUGAACUCUCCAUAGGGCUGCUAGCUUCCUCAGGGGAGCACAAGGUAGCUGGAUUCUAAUCCCUUAGAAUGGGGGCUGCAGCUGUGAAAGUCUUAGCUAAGAUUUUAAUGACCAGGUUUAAGUAAAUGUAACAGAUAGACCAGCGGGUGUCCCAAUUACAUUUGCCAUUAAAAGGCUUUUUGUGAGGAUUUUUAAACGUUAUUAUUAAAGCCAUCGUCUGUGCGGCACUCCAUCUUGUCAUUCACCAGCGGGGGAGGAUUUCAGUGUCCCAGAAAAAGAGUUCAUAUAAAAAGGAAGCCAGGAGAACAGGAACAUCACAGCGUUCAACCCAAACAAAGGAAGCUUGGCAUCCCUUUGGCUUUUACUUCCCAACAGGUAAAAUUCUUUGUAUUCCUAGUAUUAUUUUUAAUGUUGGUUGUUAUUUAUGUCUAAAGGGUAUUUUGCACUCGACGAUCAAGUCUAGAUGUGCUAGUAUCCAAGGAAGCCUUGCCCUUCACUGACUGACCUUAUUAACCACCAGCCUUGGGGGAGAUCCAACCUUGGAGGAGCCCAGCAGCUUGUGGCCCAGUGUUGGACAUUGGUUUUAGCUUUAUCCCCAUCAGAUGAAUUUAAUUUGAAGACACAUUUUUAUCAACCAAACCUAGGCUUACUGGCAAGAGGGGCAUCUGAGCUAGGUGUCUCCAUCUAGAUCAGUUUCGAGUUCUAUCUUGGUCUUGAAGUUGGUCCAGCCAGCUGUAAUGCCUUAAAGAUUAGAUGACAGUCAGAAACAUGUCAGCAGUGCCACUGGGCAGCCACUUAAAGUCAAGCAACCUUUUACUACCCAGAGACAUCUAGGAGGAACUCCUUUUUCAGAACAGCUGGCCCAGUUCUAACCUCGUGGAUGACAAAGUCGAGAACUGCUUUGUAAUGAGGAGGGUACAGGCAAAGUGAAUUUAGUAAGGGAUGAAUUAUGGGUUUCAGGUAACCAAACAAAAAUCAAAAUGGGCUACAUUGCCACAAGAAAAGAGUGGAAGAUGCCAGAAUGAACUACAGGUGUUUGUCCCCAAUGUCUAAGAAGCCCAAGAGAGGUGUUUCACUGUCUGCAUGGAAUACAUACCAGCCACACGACUCCCUCUGCAGCUUCUGUAGGGUCAGCGGGCCAGAUGCUGGUCCCUCUGCUAAGCAUUCUGUUUUCACUCACUUCAGUCUAGGUGUGUCGUGAUUGUGUGUCUUGAUGUGCCUUAGAGUGGAGAUGAUCCCCAAACUCAUAGCUGCUGUUCUUCUGCUGAGUCUGUGUUUGGAAGGCUGUUCCAGCCAGCACUGGUCCUAUGGGUUGCGCCCUGGAGGAAAGAGAAGUGCGGAACACUUGGUCGAUUCUUUCCAAGAGAUGGGCAAAGAGGUGGAUCAACCGGCAGAACCCCAGCACUUCGAAUGCGCUGUCCACUGGCCCCGCUCGCCCCUCAGGGACCUGCGAGGAGCUCUGGAAAGUCUGAUUGAAGAGGAAACCAGGCAGAAGAAGAUGUAAGUGCACCGACCCCGAAGGAUCCACAGCACCCAAGUAUAACGUGGACAUUUAAAAACGUGACCUGUUAUAGAUCUGUACCUGUGUGGGUUUCAGCAUUUUUAUGCCUAGCAGCAUGGAUUUCAUAAUAAAGCAAUGUGUUGUGGAUCAA